AUGACUUGCCUUGUCUGUGGCUCCCGUCAAUCUGAAUCACAUUUUGGAGGAAACUCGUGUCGAGCAUGUGCCGCAUUCUUCCGUCGGUAUUUCAACUCGAAAAAGUUUAUAAUCAAAUGCUCUUGCAAGUCAAAAACUAUCAAUUCUCAUCCAUGUCGAAGUUGUCGAGUUGCCAAAUGUUUUGCAGUUGGAAUGACACCUCAAAAACUCUGCGGACAACGAGACCCCAAUGGUUCUUCAAAUAGGCUCAUCGCUUCAGCUAACGAAAACGUCCAGCUGGCUCUCACACCCUACAUUCCUCCAAAGGACACCACAAACAUCACCUCCACUAUCUCCAAUUUUUCAGUUUUCGAAAAGAAACGAAUCCACAUGUUCUCAUCUCUCGGACUUCAAAAUGUUUAUGCCAUUACAAGCCUUACUAAAAAUGAUACCUUGUUAACUGAGGACCUUGUAGCCGACGUUUUCCCAGAUUUUGGGAAGUUGUCUUCAAGUGAUAAAAGAUCUUUGAUAAAUGGAUUUGUAUUGAAAUUAUGGCAAAUCGAGCCAGCAUUGGACCACGUGGCAAAUCGAGUAGAAUAUCGGAAGAUGGAAGAAAAAGAUAUUCAGAAUAUUAUAUUUCCGUUUUUCAAUGGAAGUUUCAUGAAAGGUUCUGAGUUGUCAGAAAAUGAUAUUUGGAGAAUUUUCGGUCCUCAUUGGAUUUAUUUCUUCGAAAAAGUCAUUGAAGCUAUUGUUUUCCUAUCUCUGGACAGAAUUGAGCUCAUGGCAGUAAUCUGGAUAUUGUUUUUCGAUCAUGCUUACAUCGACAUCAGUUCGAAAAGCAUUGAUCUCUGUUGGAAUAUAAGAAAAGUGAUACAUCGAGAGCUGAAAAACUAUCUAAUGGAGAAAGUCGGAAACGAAGAGGCUGCUGCAAUACGUUUCAUGGAUAUUCUGGAAAUACCAAUGAUAGUGGAACGAGGAGAGCAGAAAUUUCUGGAUGAGUUUAUUAUAUGUGAACUGAAUCAGAUAAGAGUACAUGACGACUUCAGAGAAAUUGUUAAGAAACAGAGGAUUUGA